AGGACUGUCAGAGGUCUACUCUAGCCGCAGAGUUUCCAUAUUCCUGGAGGGGUCUGGUGGCCGCGCGGUUCUUCGGAAUCGAGCCGGGAAGGACGGUUAAAAGGAAAGGACGUCCCCCUGCGCCUUUGUUACGAGCCAUGAUUCCCGUCGGGGGAGGGACGGCCCAGCGCCGAGGUGUGCAUCGGGGCUGCGCUCUUUCUGCGGCCUUGGCGCCCGCGCCCUGUCCUCGACGGCCCCCGGAGACGGCUCCCUGAGCCUUGUGCGCAUUUUUCCCUAGGGCUGGUAGGGGAGGGACGGGCUCGCCGAGUGACAGUCAGCCCGAGGCCACCCGGCCCAGAGGAGGUGUGGGAUCUGGCUGAACCCCCGAGUCUGCUCUCGGGAUUCCAUGGCGGCCGCGGCGCUGAUGGACCAGGCUGGGCAGGGCUGUGUGACCUUCGAGGACGUGUUCGUGUACUUCUCUCGGGAGGAGUGGGGGCUCCUUGAUGUGGCUCAGAGAUGCCUGUACCGUGAUGUGAUGCUGGAGAACUUUGCCCUCGUGUCCUCACUGGGUUGCUGGCGUGAAGUAGACCAUGAGGAGGCCCCUUCUGAGCAGAGUGCUUCUGCAGAAGUGUUACCAGUCAGGACUCUCGAGUCAGGUCUGUUUAUCCAGAAAACCCACCUGUGUGAGCUGUGUGACCCACUCUUGAGAGACAUUUUGCCCCUGGCUGGACACCAGGGGCCAUUCCCCAUACAGAAACCAUGCAUGUGUGGCCCAUGUGGGAAAGGAUUGGCAUUCAGGGCAAACUUUGACCAGCACCAAGAGCAAAGUGGUGGAGAGAAGCCCAUCCACGAGGACAAUGGUGGGGCCUCAUUGGUGAAGAGCUGUGCUAUCCAUACGUUGGGAAGACCCUUUCCUUGCAGGGAAGACGGGAUGGACUUGCUAGACAACUCUAGCCUCCUCCAGCUCCAGACCCUUCACUGUGAGUCAAGUCCAUGCAAGAGGACCAGGUUCACAGAGUCUUUCCCACCCAGCACCAACCUCAGGCAACUCCAGGGGGAUCACGAUGCACUGAUGCUUUUCAGUUGCAAUGAUGAUGGGAGAACCUUCCUGAGUACCUUUACUCUGCUUAACAAACAGAUGACUUACACUGAUGGGAAGCCUAUGAGUUGCCUGCCGUACGGAAAUGUGCCCAAGGAGAAAUCAGCUCUUAUUCAGUACAGAAAAGUUCACAAUGGAGAAACAUCCCAUGUGUGUAAGGAGUGCGGGAAGGCCUUCAUUCACCUGUCCCACCUAAAAGUGCACCAGAAACUUCACACUGGGAAGAGACAUUAUACAUGCAGUGAGUGUGGCAAGGCCUUCAGCCGCAAAGACACACUCGUCCAGCACCGGAGAGUCCACACUGGAGAGAGGUCUUACGACUGCAGCGAGUGUGGGAAAGCCUACAGCAGAAGCUCCCACCUUGUCCAGCACCAGAGAAUCCACACCGGAGAGAGGCCUUACCAGUGCAGUGAGUGUGGAAAAGCCUUCAGCCGCAAAGACACGCUCAUUCAGCACCAGAGAUUUCAUACUGGAGAGAGACCAUACGAGUGCAGCGAGUGCGGGAAAUUCUUUAGCCAAAGCUCCCACCUUAUUGAGCACUGGAGGAUUCACACUGGGGCAAGGCCCUAUGAAUGCAUUGAAUGUGGGAAAUUCUUUAGCCAUAACUCCAGCCUUAUUAAACAUCGGAGAGUCCACACAGGAGCAAGAUCUUACGUGUGCAGCAAAUGUGGGAAGGCGUUUAGCUGCAAAGACACUCUUGUCCAGCACCAGAUAAUCCACACUGGAGCAAGGCCAUAUGAGUGCAGCGAGUGUGGGAAGGCCUUCAGCCGCAAGGACACCCUUGUGCAGCACCAGAAAAUCCACACGGGGGAGAGGCCUUAUGAGUGUGGUGAGUGUGGAAAAUUCUUUAGCCACAGCUCCAACCUGAUUGUGCACCAGAGAAUCCACACUGGGGCGAAGCCUUAUGAGUGCAGUGAGUGUGGGAAAUGCUUCAGCCACAACUCCAGCCUAAUCCUGCACCAGAGGGUUCACACCGGAGCAAGGCCUUAUGUGUGCACUGAGUGUGGAAAAGCUUACAUUAGCAGCUCCCACCUUGUUCAACACAAGAAAGUUCACACAGGAGCAAGGCCUUAUGAGUGCAACGAGUGUGGGAAAUUUUUUAGCCGCAACUCUAGCCUCAUCCUGCACCAGAGGGUUCACACGGGAGAGAAACCUUAUGUGUGUAGUGAGUGUGGGAAAGCCUACAGCCGGAGCUCCCAUCUGGUGCGACACCAGAAAGUUCAUACUGGAGAAAGGCCUUGUAAUAACAACAGUUUGGGUAGCCCUUUAGCUGUGUCUCUUAAACUUCUUUAACACCAGAAAGUUCAUGUUAGAAAAAAGCCUUAUGCAUGCAGAAAAUGUGCUGUCUCUUCAUUCAGCCUCAGGACUCACAGCAGAGAAAAACUUUGUGGUUACUGUGGUGCUGAGGUAGCCAUAAACCAGCAGGUAGACCUUGUGCAUUCAUGCGUCAGCCUGGUUCCAUUCCCAGGAAGUUCCAUGUACAUACAUGGCACUUUCUGAACUGUCCAGGGCUCUUGACAGUUAUAUCAGUGCCAGUGCCUGUGGCAGAGGCCACCUCUGUUGCCAGCUGUCAGGGUCCUACAGUGUGUCAAUCCAACAUGCUCAGGGAAGGCAGACCCCUGCUGCUCUCUCUUAGUCCCUAGAAAGAAUCAUGAGCUUUCUGAGCCCAUUGAAGGUCUUCACUUUCUCCCUAAUGACUGGGUUCUGAGUGGUGUGAUCUAGCUCUGGGCACAAGGAUUUGAGCGGGAAACUGCUGGAAUUUCCAGACAAGAUUUUCCUUCCUCAUGGACAAUGUCAGCUGUGAACUCAAGAACCAUGACUCUUCGUCCUGCUUUCCAACCACCCACCAUUGGAACCACCUACCCGAUGCUUCCCUGGUUCACACAGCGGUACAGGUCUGCUGUAGCUGUCUGGACUCUUGGGGAGCCUGUUCACUGUGUAAUGUGGACUGAGAAAAAAAUGGGUUCUGCCAGCAUGAAGGGAGAAGUGGCUUUUGUUGGCACCAACUUUAUGUGCCUGAGAAGGGAAAGCAGUAUGGCAGCAGACAGAUCUCUCUGUUGUGAUCUGAUUUGCACUGUUGUCCAAGCCUUGUUGGAAAAGACUGAAGAGUUUUGUGUGCCUAAUCCUGUGGCCUGGAAUCUGGAUUUCCUGAAAGCCCAGAAUUCAUUCUGAGAAGAGUAUAGUUAAUGUGAAAAACCUCCAAUGCUUCUGGAAGCAACAUGAAUUGGGUCCCUUUUUCUCAGGAAAUCCACCCAUAUUCCCCAGCACUUUUGAGGGAUUUCUGUCGCCUGUACCUGAUGUCCUAUCUCUGAUGUCCAGAAUCCCAUGGGCAGAUGUCAUUGACUGGAAGGCCUACAGGGCAAGAUGCGAAUCAUAAUUUGUAUAGAAAUAUUUAGAUAACUGGGUGGAGAUAACUGGCAAAUGAGAAGGUAUGUGUUUAUCCUAAAGGAGUCAUCUGCAAAUGUCUGUGCAAUUGUGCCUGUAUGGGAUGGGAGUGUAUGGAAACUCUCAGGGCCUUCAGUGUUCUAAAGGUUUGUGGAUUCCUCUACCUUCCUGGGCUGUUGAUGUCAUGGCCAUCACUGCACCAGCACUGAUAAAAGAGAAGUCCAGGGAUAGGGUUUCUGGGACCCAACCAGUAGUCCUCGUGUACAAGGUAGAAAUGGACUUCAUUGCUUUCUAGUUCUUGCUGACAUUGAGAAGGGCUCACCUUCCUAAAUUGUGGGGCAAGGGCAGAUGCGUCCUUCCAAGAGGGAUGGUAAAUAUGCUUGUUUCUUAUUGAGGUAUGAUUGACAUGAAAUAAACUGCACAAAUGCAAAGUAUAAAAUGUUUCAGCAUGUGUAUGUGCCUGAGAAACUACCACCACAGUUAAGAUAAUGAAUAUGUCCAACAGCACAAGGGACUCUUUGUGUCUCCUUAGCACUCUUUCCUCCCAGUACUUUCUAAACUCAUUUCCCAUGAUUCACACGCAGCAGCAAGCAUUUUGUAGAAUUUUAUGUAAUAUGCUAUCUGGGGAGUGGGGGCUUAGGUUUUUUAAAUUAACUAUGACUAUUUUGAGACCAAUCUAUCUUGUUACAUAUAUCAAUAGUAUAUUUGUAUUUUUGAGUGUUAUUCCAUUGUAUGGAUAUACCACAGUUUUUUAUCCAUUCAGCUAUUAGUGGAUAUUUGGGUUGUUUCCAGUUUUUGGCUAUUACAAAUAA